GUACGGCAGCGACUUUUACCAAAAUGGACGACAACAACCAAAUUUUCGAUGACAAUUCUUUGUCAAGCGCCGCCUACUUGGGCUCUGAAAUGAACAGAUGGAAAACAAUGUCUUCUAAUUUGAAAUUGGGCGAUACAGCUUUUGCACGAUUAUUAAUGGACACGUAUGAAAAAUACAAUGCUUUAAUGGAAAUCAAGGAGCCGGGAAGCUUUCAAUACAGUAAUGGUUUUAAGUUUUCCAUAAACGAUACUAUUAAACCUGAGUGGACAGGUGAUGGUAAUGAAGUGGAACUGUCUAGGGAAAUAAAAGUUGAACCGCACAGUCAUUAUGAUAGCGAACUGACAAGUGAUUAUGCUGAGGAGGUUGAAGAGAUCAUCAAAUUACAGAAAAAGAAGCGAAAAAAGAAAACCAGGAUCAAUGAUAAAGACACACAUUUAAAGAAAAUAAAAGUAGGUAGACCAAUCAAGUUGAAAAUAAAGAAGGAGUUUCAGGAUCAACAAAUCAAAAAGGAGAAUAAGAAAAGGGCAAUGGCAAAAAAGAAAGAUGGAUCAGAAAAAAACAAAGAAGCAGAAUCUAAACCCUGGAUUCAUAUUAACCUAGACAAUCACACAGAUAAGUAUACCGUGGAAAAAAUUGAUUCGAUUGAAAGACAGCAUAGGAGAAGUUUGGUUUUUGAAUUUAUGUACUCUUGUCUUAUCUGUAAAAACUUUAAAGCUGAAAAUAAGGUGGUGUUUGAAAGUCACUUGGAAAAACAUAUAAAUAAUGUUCUAUCUUGUUCAACCUGCAAGUAUGAAGCCUAUUCGGACUUUGAUCUUCUCAAGCACAAGCAAGCUUGCAGCCCAGACAACAGCAAACUGUAUGUUUGUGACAUCUGUGGUGCGCAGUACCCGCGACGAGACAUGUACAGAGCUCACAUGGGAAAAGAACACGGUCUAAACCACUGGAAAUGCAGAUAUUGUGAAGAAAACUUCCCGACAAGGUUUGCCUACCAGGUUCAUAUGCGGCACAAGCAUUCUGAACAACUCAAGUUUUGCACCAAGUGUAAGCAAUACAUGGCGAGCCUGUCCAACGAGGACUAUCACGCGCACUGUGACGCUUGCACGGGCGAAUUCCAGUGCCCAGAGUGCGGGAAGAUGUUCCAGGGCAAGAUGGUGCUGGCCACUCAUGUACGCUACAUACACAAGAACAUACGUAACCACCAGUGCCAUCUGUGCUCAUACUCGGCCAAGAGUGCCAACAUGCUGAGACUCCAUCUCAAUGCUCACCAAGGCAUCCAUCCAUUUGCAUGUGAGCAGUGCACCUUUACUUGCGUCCAGAAAUACCAGCUUAAGUCGCACAUGAGAACGCACACAGGAGAGAAACCAUACAAGUGCGACCAGUGUAACUAUGCUGCAGCAUGGAAUGUCCAGCUAAAAGAGCAUGUGAAGGCCCACAGCCUCUCAACCGCAGUCACCUGCCAGCAGUGUAGGGUCAUGUUCAAGAAUCAGCACACCCUCGCCAUACAUGAGAAGAAGGAGCAUGCUCGAGGGGCAGGCAUGGCCGGGGCUGAGAUGAUAGGGGCAAUGGUGAUGGGGGCUGGGCUGACACAGGGCCAGGUUGUCCCUGCUGCAGCAAUCCAACAGUGGACCUUGAACUCUUCGACUCAAUAGUUAACCGUCUGCGUUGGCUUCAAGCUAGAUUUUGAUCACAUGCCUUGUGUUUUAUCAGAUUUACCUGGCAUGUCAAUAUGGUUUUAAUACUUUUUCUUCAUCUAUAGGUUCUAUAAGUUUUAAAUGGAAAUCUUAUGAAUGUGUAUCUUUUUUUACUGCAGUAUGAUAAUGUGACAAGCUUUUUGCUAUAGAUUUUUAUAAGUUCAAUUGUAUAUAUUAUAGCUUGAGAUGUUGGAAUAAUUAUUUUUAUUGUAAACUUUUUAAUAUCGAAUCAUGUCAUCAUUUUGCUUUGCAUGCUUCUCAUACCGCAAUAAUGUUUUAGUUGUUGUUACUAGAUAGAGAGGAAAAUAUGUAGGCAUGUACCUUGUGUGCACUUGUGUCAAAACGAAAACGAACGUGGCAGUGGCAUUUUUGCAAUAACCAGUCUGAAUUACUCAUUGAAUUUAGCCAGAACUUUAUGCCAGAAAACACCACUUUAUUAGUUUCAGUUUAUAAUUGUAAAAUAGAAGUUAUUCACCCAGUGUUCAUAGAAAUUGUCUUAGUUUUACAUGUAGGCAUAUUAUGAAUAGCUUAAAUUAACAGGCAUAUUAUGAAUAGCUUAAAUUAACAAAGAUUGUGUAAUUCCGGUUAGUUUUUAUUGCCUUAAAAAAUAAAUUUUUGUAAAAAAAAAUUACAGAGGGGACUUUUUAAUAGCAGGUUUUCAUUCCAUAUCACUUUUUUUUAAUAAGUGGGUUGGAAACACCAAACAACUUGCAUUCAAAACUACUGUGAAAUCAUUAAUGUUCGUGGGGCAUUAAUGUUCGUGGUUUUCGUGGGUUGGGUGAUCCACGAAUUCAAGAUCCCACGAAAUAUAAACCCUUUAUUCACUUUUUCAACUGCCUUGUUACGUACAUACUCUAGUAUAUUAUUUACAGAGGUCGCAGUAUACAGUGUUAAAACCUGUCUCACUGUAUAACAUACAAUCAUUAUUCUGUUAAUAUAUUAUAACUGCCUUUAACAAAUAAUGAACCAAAUCAGUUAAUUGUCUUUUAUGCAGCAAAUGACAGUUAUAAGCACGUGUUUAAACCUGUGCUGUUAAUGAAUAUCUCCAAGUUUACAAGAUGUGCGUGAUGAGUGUCUGUACUCAAUUUUUUUUAUUUAAUGAAAUAUUUAAUCGAUUACUAGUACAUUGAAGGUUAAUAAGCACUGAACGUGACGCACCUUUUCGGUGUUUUCACAGUUUGCAAAAUUCUUAAUUGGCAUUCAAUGGCUUCCCCUAUCUGUAUUUAUGAUCAGGGUACAUCUUCUUUUAUUACCUUUAUUCCCAAUUAAAUCGAUAAGUGACAUGGGUAUAUGCACUAAUUGGCAUGUCGUACCACAUUAGCGAUUGUCAUAAACCGAGUGACAUAGAAGACAGAAAUCACGGGCCAGCUCGUGGAUAUUAUGCAGACGAUCUAGGACGAUCGCAUCUUCGAUUUUUUUUUUUCAAAAAUGAAAAUCCACGAAUUCAAGUACCCAUGAGUUUUUUUUCUGCAAACCACGAAAUUUCAUGCCCAUGAACAGUAAUGAUUUCACAGUAACUAACUUUGAAUAAAGUUUUAGUGGCAUCCAAUGCAAUCGGCAUAAACAGCAAAUCAUGUGAUUUUUAGUGGAUACCAAUUAUUUUUAACAUACCUCCACUUUUUAUUAUUUUUUGAUACUAACAAUUUACAUUUAGAAUGAUAAAAGUUGAAAGAACAAAUGAUUAGAACUUCGCAAAUCAUGUAAUGUUGAUUUGGAAUGCAGCAAUAAGCUUAUCUUGGAUAUGUGGCUUUAUUGUAAAUUGUACAUGCAACUGGCAUAUUUAAACAGUUCACAUAUAUUUUGAUUGUUAUUUAGAAGAGAAAAAUCAAAAACUUUUGAAUUGCCAGUUUACAUACAUUCCUGUCUGAUAUUUGGUUCUCGUGUGGAUUUUUUAUGCUGCCUGAAGGGAAGGCUUAUAGUUGCCGCUUUGUCUUUCCACACCAACAUUUAGUGUUUAUUAGUUUUACUGACAGGAGGGUAAGGGGCUUUUUAAAAAAAAUAUAUAAAUAAAAAUAUAUAUAUAUAUAUGUAUGAAAUCACAUAGAUAGUCAUAAAUGUUGGUACAUUUGUCCUUCCAUUCGUUUGUCACACCCUUUGUGAGUAUAUAAGUGAAAAACUACUAAUGGGAUUUUAAUGAAACUUGAAACAUUAGCACAUGUGCAGUGCCUAAGAAUCAUAAUCUUUUCUUCAGUCUUUGCUCAUUUACUACCGGCUAUCAACAUGAAUUUUGACUUUUACAGUAGCAUUGAUUUGGAAGCUGGUUGUCAGAAUCUUGGAAUACAGAUAAUUUACAAUGUCAGUUUUAAUCAUACCUUCCAUAUUGACUGAAUAAUCUUGCCUUGACCAUAUUUUUUUUUGUAUAUUUAAUUUUUGUCCAGAGCAUUAUAUUUUAAGUAUUGACUUGAAACUCAAUGUACAUAUAUAUAAUUCGGUAGAAGCAAGGUGCAUGAGAACCAUAACUCUGUCAUUAUUAUUUUUAGAAUUAUUGCCCUUUGCUCAUUUUUUCUUUAUUUCAUUUUUGUCUGGAGCAUUAUUCCAAGUAUUUGAGAUAUUGACUUCAAACUUCAUGUACAGAUGUAUCUAAUUGCAAAGAAGUGCAGUGUAUAGGAGUUCUGUGUUUGAUAUACUGGUUGAUGGUACAUUUCUGAACAGGCUACUAAUCCGGAUCUUGUUUUGUUGAGUAUUUUUCUAAAACUGGCUUAAAGAUCAAAAAUAUAGCACAUGGGGGAUUGACAUCAGAGGGCGCAUGCGCUUCUUUGAGGCCGUGGAGUUAUGUUGACCUACAAGCAAGAUAUUUAUAAAUAGAAAAUACGCUAUACAUCUAAAUCACAUGUUUUGAAAAACAGCGGAAACAAUAAAUAACUUUGCAGCUUAGUGUUUAUUUAAUGUAGCAUACUUGUUUUUAAGUGUUUGGUAUUUGUGCCCUCUAUAGCAUAAAUUGAAGGGUAAUUUACUGUCAAUAAAAUGAACGAUUUUCGACAUAAGAUUGAUAAGAUCGUGAAUCUAUUCUUUGACAGAUGUUGUCACAUUGACCAAAGAUGUUUCAUAGGAAAUUUUAACUAAGUACAACAAAAACUCUCCAAAAUAAUUGUCAAAAACCUCCAAAAGUGUUCGGAUUUGUGACCUUAGCCAUUAUGUAGAGUAAUUGCACUUUUUUCAUUUAUAUAUUUAAUUUUUAGCUUGACUACUCAAAGAAUAAGGAGGCUUUACUUCUCGCCCCGGCAUUGGUGUUUGACAACUUUGAUUAGGUUUGACACAUUGGGAUCAAACUUGGUAUAUAGGAAGACUUUCAUGGGAUUGUGUUUGGGGCCAUGAGAGUCAUUGUCAAGGUCUAUGUCACUAAAAAAAGUUAAAUGGUUAGUGCCAAAUAACUUAAGUUUGGGUUGAGGUAUUGUGACCAAACUUGGUAUGUAGGAAGAAUUUAUGGAGGUCUUUCAUGGGAUUGCCUCACUGUCACUUAAAGUAGGUUACCUUUUGGUACUGAAUAACUUUAGUAAGGGUUGACAUAUUGUGACCAAACUUUGUUUGUAGGAAGAUUUUAUGGAGGACUUCCAUUUGAUUGCAUUUGGGGGCCCUAGGGUCAAGGUCAAGGUUACUGAUAUUAGAAAUAGAAAACACAGUUGAAACUAAAUCUCACAACAAACGCUGAAGUUCUUUUGUCAAUCAUUGAAAGCCGGGUUUUGUUGCAUUGCAGCCUUUCUCGUUUACUUCUUAAUUUGACUUUUUUAUCGCUUUUGACAUGCAAAUAUUACUUCAUAAUUGUAUUCAUUUCUAAGACUAAGCAGCAUAUAGUCGCGCACGCUGUCCUGUUACAACUCCUGUUGUUCAGGACACCAAAAACCUUUUGAGGUAUUGACUUUUAAUACAAAAAAAUCUUAUUCAGGAGUAUGCUGCACAGGAACAAUAACUUGGACUCAGUUAUUUUUAGAGUUAUCUUCCAUUGUUCAUUUCUGUACUUAAUGUUUGUCAAAGGCAUAACUCCAAAUAUUUUGGCUUCAAACUUCACAUACAGAUAGAUCUCAUUGCAUGCAUAGAAACCAAAACAAUUUCUAUGAUAUUUUUAAUGUUUUUCUUUGUUUCCAUUUUUAUACUUAUUUUUAACCGAAGCAUAAGCACAGAAAUCAUCAAGGCAUUAGGACUUUAAACUUCAUACAUAGAUAGAUCUUCCUGAGGAGUUCAGUGCACAUUUACCAUAACUCUGCUUUAGGUAUUUUAACAAUAAUUGCUCUUUGUUAAUUGGUGUACAUUGUAUACUGGUAAUUGUUUUUUUGUCUGGGGUUAUAUUCAAUAUUAAACUUAAGUUAAUAUUAUUGUCAUACAUCAUUGACUUCAUUCACUCAGUCAUUCAUUGAUCAGUAAUUAAUAACAAGUUAUCCAAUUAGUGACAUGGAUCUUAGAUCCACUUAAGCCUAAUAUUGAAUACCAUCCCUGGAGCUAUUGUUAUGACUUCUCCCGUUUUUGUAUCAAACACUGAAGAUUUUUGUACUUAUUUUGGUGGGCUAUAUGGCAGUCUGUGACUACUUCUUGUCCAAUUGACACAUAUCUUUCAAAAUGUAUAUUUUUGCUCUUUUAUUCACAACUGAUGUGAAUGAUUUCAAAAUCACUUGACAAAUCCUCUCAACAUUGAACUGGAGUGUUGAUGAUCAUGUUUUUUCUGUCCACAACCAACUUCUUUGCCAUAUGUAUAAAUACUAGUUUUAGAAAAUACUUAUUGGAGAGUAAUAUUUUUAAAUUUGCGCUUUACAUUUAUAUUUUUACACUGGGAGCAUAGAUUGUAUGUUAUUGUAGCCUUGUUUCACAUUGAUAGCUGUUUUCUCUCAGUUGCUUUCAGCAUUUCAUUCUUAAGAUUUGAUGAUUAUAUUUUACAUCUGUUAUAGCCAUUAUUAUGAAUAAACCAUAAAGUAUUGA